GAUGUAUCCGGCUCCGCCAGUACAAUGAAAUUACCUGACAAGCGCCUUAUCAAGCAUCUCAAAACGCGUGACCCGGCCUUCCUUCCUCUUGAAAUUAUCCAUGGCAUCCUGCGGUUCGCUACGUGUACGGAGGCUGAGUUGAGCAACUGCUGCCAAGUCAGUUGUGCUAUGCCGAUUAACUUUUGUGGACUAGGAGGGGUCAGUCUCCCAUACAGGAAUCGAGCAUUACUACAGGCAUGUGGCCAGAAACCACGAUGACAGGAUCGGACAUUGCAACUAUCCUGCAGCAUGCAACUAUCCUGCAGCAGCCGAGAAAGCUGAAGCGGUGGAAUGUUUACUUCAGCCAGAGUCGUAUGCGACCCGAGGGAUUCGUCGCCGGCCCCUGGGAUGGUCUCCUCCAGCACCGGGACACGCUAGAAAGCCUGGUGAUUGAGACGGCUUAUCCGGAGUGGAUCGAUUGGAAUCUGUCCGAGGAGCUGUUGAAGGAUGUCCAUCCUUGUGCUCCUCUCGGGGAAUUUCUCGCCCUCAGUGAGCUUACAAUUAACGAGGAAUGCCUCCAUUGCGGACUUCCUUGCGAUGCUCCUUGCUCGCACGAGAAUGAUUCGCCGUGGAUGAUUCAAGAGUUUCCACCCAAAUCAGAAACCUUAAAGAUCAUGGCUUGUGACUAUGUGGACCAAGAAGAACUGGAUUUUGAUAGCGUGCUGGAGCAGUUCGUGGUGGAAGGGAAAGGAUGCCUCAAACAGAUCGAGAUCACAACCAGGAGAUCUUACAAACCCCUCGACUUCAGCCAGACUGAAUCGGCUUGUUUGGAGAAAGGGUGCGAUUUGAACAGCGGAUAUGCGGCCCCGGUGGCUCUCAGGUUUCGAAAGUCAGCAAUCCCACGUCUGUUGCCGCCGACGCUCAACACCCGCAGCUCCCAGUCGAGGCAUAACUUCGAGGCAGUUGAAACAAGUACAUCUAGAUUCAUGCGAUCUGACAAGUGACCCGACUGAGGCCGUGCGACCGAUACAAAAUUGGCGAUUAUAGUGAGAUAAAGUACAAAUGAGAUGACCAUGCGUCCAGCGUCACGUCAUCAAUGAAUGGAAGCCCAAAGAGGCAAGGAUAAAG